AUGCUCAGGCAAGACUUUAAUCGACAAGACGCCAAACGGCGCAAUGUCACCGACCACCGCAAGAAGCAGUUCGCCGACCCGGCCUACAAGGCGACCGAAUACCCUCACCGCAUGAACUUUUACACCAUCCCACCCACGGCCGACAUAACGCUGGAGCAAUUCGAGCAGUGGGCCAUCGACCGACUUCGCAUCCUCGCCGAGCUCGAGGCCUGCAGCUUCCGCAACAAGACGCCGCAGGAGACGGCGCUGCACAUGAAGCCCCUGCUGGACAAGUACCUCCCGCUCGAGGCCAACAGCUCGGCCUCCACGCAACUGCACGCGCAAAGGCAAAAGGACCACUAUGGACACUUCAUCCUGAGACUGGCUUUCUGCUCCACAGAGGACUUGAGGAGGAGGUUCGUCAGGGUCGAGACCAUGCUUUUUCGGAUGCGGCUAGCCGCAGACGACAGCAAAGAGCGUGCGGCCUUCAUUGCUUCUCUGGACGGCCUGGACUGGGAGCCCGUUCCGGAGGAUGAGAGGAGAAGUCUGUCGGCAGAGCUUGCCGCAGUUGCAGGAUGGAAGAAGGAGUCUGCCGGUGACGACGAGACGUGGUGCAAAGUCGACUGGGAGAGGGUACCGGACCUCGUAGAAGGCAGAAGGGUAUUGCUGAAGGGCGGCAAGGCUUACGUCCCUGCAAAGGAGCAGACAAGCAUGGUAGUCACUGAGUUUACUUCGCGGUUGGAAAAGGCACUCGAGCUCACUGCCCGCGCCCUUCCCCGACUCGACGAAGACGACCGCCUAACUCCGAUCCUGAACCACCUUUCCAAGAACUUCAUCACUCCAGACGCAUCAUACGGCAGUGGCGGCGACGACCAGGCCGCGCCAGGGUCUGAACUGACAGCUGCGAACGUAGACAAACUCUCCGCAGAGCAUUUCCCGCUUUGCAUGCAACACCUGCACCGCUCGCUGCGUCGUGACUCUCACCUCAAGCACUUUGGCCGUCUACAGUACUCUCUAUUCCUAAAGGGCAUCGGCCUUUCUCUUGAGGAGUGCUUGGUGUUCUGGCGCUCUGCCUUCAACAAGAUCACGGAUGAUACCUUCAACAAGGAAUAUAGGUAUAACGUCAGGCACGUCUACGGUGACGUGGGUGGCGACGCCAACAGGAGAGGCCGCGGUUACAGUCCGUUCAGCUGCCAGAAGAUCUUGAUAGAACACCCGCCUGGUCCUGGUGAGGCGCACGGGUGUCCGUACCGCCACUUUAACUUGGAGAACCUGACGGCGCUGCUGCAACAGGUUGGCAUCAACGACCGUUCGGUUCUGAACGGUGUAAGGGAAGACAAAGAGAAGCAAAAGUUCCAUAUGGCGUGCAACAGAGUCUUUGAGUAUGUUCACAAGAACGAGAUCAGACGCGCCAAGGAUGAGGGCAUCAUGACAGUGGCGCAGCUCGAAACCAUAGUGCAUCCCAACGAAUACUUUAAGCGCAGCUAUCUGCUCAAACAUCUUGAUAGUAACAGGGAUGGUGAUGUAAAGAUGGAUGGCUGA